GUACACGAAAUGAUCAAUAUGGAAAAUAAUUGAUGAUGCAGACGUUUGUUUCUCUAAACGGCUAAUAUUUGUUAGGGCUAGAGUCGGCUCUGUAUUGAAUUUGCCAUGUUGUAAUUGUUAUUAUGACUUGAAACUCUGAUGUAUACAUUGUCAAAUGAAUGCGAAAAUCUUGUAGCCAGUGAUUUUUUAUCUUCUGCCAUAGAUAAUGAUUUAGUUAUUUAAAUGGUGUUGGAGGCAGAUAUGAGGUAUUUAAUCUCCAGCUCGAUUGUUGGUACUAUUCAGUUGAAGUGAGUGGAGUUAAAAAAAAGGAAGAUGAGAGUAUUGAAAGACUGCGACUCAGUUAACAUAAUCGAUCCCUCUGAGCUGCUCAGGCCUGAGCCAGCUUUUGCCACGAAAGACAUCGGCCAAUUUCGUGACUAUUCAGUGGACGAAAAUGACCAUGUGAAAGAAAGAGUCAGAAGAACGUACGAGUUGAUGCACACGAAUCAGACAGUGGAUUUCGUAAAAGGAAAACAUGAAAAAUGGGGCAAGUUCAACCACUUCAGGUGCACAAUGCGGGAGGCUCUGGAAAAAUUGAACGAACUGGUGGAUGAAAGUGACCCUGACGUAGAUAUUCCAAAUAUUGUGCACGCAUUCCAGACCGCUGAGAGGAUAAGAAAAGACUAUCCAGAGGACGAUUGGUUCCAUUUGACAGGACUCAUUCAUGAUGCUGGAAAAGUUCUUGCAUUUUUCGAUGAACCCCAAUGGUGUGUCGUUGGUGAUACUUUCGUAGUUGGCUGUGAAUGGAGUGACAAUAUCGUUUAUCGAAACACGUCUUUCAGCAAAAAUAUAGAUGGCCAGAAUCCAAAAUACAAUACAAAAUACGGAAUAUAUGAGCCCCACUGUGGCAUUGACAACCUGAUGUUAUCCUGGGGUCACGACGAAUACCUAUACAGGAUGUUGAAGCACAACAAGGCCAAAUUGCCCUCGCAGGCGCUUUCCAUGAUCAGGUACCAUAGCUUCUACCCUUGGCAUUCGUCUGGAGACUACAGCCAUCUUGCUACGAAAGCCGACGAGCAGACCAAGCAUUGGGUGUUGAAAUUCAAUACUUAUGACCUGUAUACCAAGAGUACUGACGUUCCUGACAUCGAAAAAUUGUGGCCUUACUAUGAGAGUCUCAUUGAUAAAUAUAUACCAGGAGUUCUCCAAUGGUGAAGACGAUACUAAUCAUAUAAUAUAUUAAAUUGAUUCUAUAGAUACUAGCUCGUGAAAUGAAAUCAUGUUCUGUUAAUGUUUUCAAAAUUGAAGUGAUAAAUGAAAAAUGGAAUGGAACAUAAUGAGACAAUAAAUAUCAU